AUGAAGAAUAACUUUGGUUCAAAGGCAUCAUUCUUACUACUAUGUUUUCUUCUCAUAACAAACUACUUGUAUUCUUCUAGGGCACAACAAUGUCGGCCUAGCGGCAGAAUUGAAGGGAAAAAGCCCCCUCCAGGGCAAUGCAACCAAGAAAACGAUUCGGAUUGUUGUAAACAAGGAAAGAUGUACACAACAUAUGAAUGUUCGCCACAGGUGACCACUCACACGAAGGCAUAUCUCACCCUUAAUAGUUUCGAGAAGGACGGAGACGGUGGUGGCCCUUCAGAGUGCGACAACCAGUAUCAUUCAGAUGAUACGCCGGUUGUCGCACUCUCGACCGGAUGGUUCAACCACAAGAGUAGGUGUCACAAGAAGAUCACCAUUCAUGGGAAUGGAAGAAGUGUUGAGGCAAUGGUGGUGGAUGAGUGUGAUUCAACCAUGGGUUGUGAUGCUGACCAUGAUUACCAACCACCUUGCCCUAACAACAUUGUUGAUGCAUCAAAGGCUGUGUGGGAAGCCUUAGGUGUCCCUAAGGAUAAUUGGGGUGGACUUCAAAUUACAUGGUCUGAAUAA